AUGAACUCGCUGGUGGUGUUAUUUUCUGUGAUGGUGCUGGCCGCCGCUAAGCCCAGCGGUCUCCAAGCGGGCAUAGUCAGCUAUGCUGCUCCCGCUAUAGCAGUGGCCCCAGCAGCCGUAUCUCACCAAUCACGCGUAGACAUCAAGUCUUCUCCUGCUGUGGUCGCCACUGAGGUUGUAGCUCCUUUAAGCCGUUCUGUUAUCACCGACCAAGCUAUCGUGGCUGCUCCCGCAACGUACGCAGCACCCGCCGUUUAUUCUGCUCCGCUCAUUACUGCUCCAGCUGCAGUGUCAUCCCAAUCUCGCGUUGACAUUAAAUCAUCUCCCGCUGUUGUCAGCACUGUUGCUGUUGCCCCUGCAGCUUACAGUGCACCGAUUUCCGCUCCUGUGGUAUAUGGUGCAUCUCUAGCCACUCCUGUAGCAUACGGUGCAUCUCUUGCUAAUCCUGUAGCAUACGGCGCAACUUUUACCGCUCCUCUAGCCUAUACUGCACCAUUAGCCGGAUUCGCUUCUUAUGUCUCUCCUGUCGUUUCUGAAAUUUCUGCUGCCGUUCAACCCGCUGCUGAAAGUGCUGAAUUACCAGUAGCCCCUACUGAAACCCCUGAAGUCGCCGCCGCCCGUGCCGCUCACCUAGAAGCUAAAUCACUUGAAGAGUCACACAAAAUUCAAAAACGUUCAGUUGGAGUCGUAGCAACUGGACCUGUGGUAUCUACAUACACAACAUCCCCAUUCCUCUCCAGUCCUUUAGCAGCUCACGUGGGUCAAGUGUCCGUGUCAGGGCCACUCUACCCUACCUACGGUUUUCGUCUUUAC